AUUUAUAAAUCGUGUAGUUUUUAGGUUUUUAUACACCUAUGACUGUGUUGUGUAUUUACAUUUUAAAACCGAAAGUUAAAUUGAAAACACGCAUGCGCCGGGAAAUGGACAGGUGAGGGAAUGAGUUCUGAAAUAUAAGUUGGAUAAAAAGAAAAAUCAAUAAAGGAAAAGGGUAUAAUACAGAAUGAGUAAAAAGAGUAAAAUCCUUGUAGCAGCAAUUGACUUUGGAACAACGUUUUCAGGAUAUGCAUUUUCCUUCAAAACCGAUUAUGAAAAUGAUCCAAUGAAAAUUUCUGUCAAUCAACAAUGGACAGCUGGUUCUAGAAGCUUGAUAUCACUGAAGGCACCGACUGUUGUCCUGUUAGACAAAUCCAAAAAAUUCCUGGCAUUUGGAUACGAUGCUGAAGACAAGUACUCGGAGUUUGCUUUAGAUGAAGUUCACCAUAAUUAUUAUUACUUUCGUAGGUUCAAGAUGUUACUACACGAAACAAAGCAUCUUACACGAAAGACGAUGGUCAAAGAUGAUGAUGGUAAAGAAAUGCCAGCUAUAGAAAUAUUCUCCAUGGUUAUAAAAUAUCUAAAGGGUCAUUUGUUAGAAACAUUGGAAACAAGAGGAACUGGACUAGAUAAUAACGACAUUCAUUGGGUGUUAACAGUACCAGCUAUUUGGACAGAACCUGCUAAACAGUUUAUGAGAGAAGCCGCAGAAAAGGCUGGUAUUAGUGGUGAACAACUUAGUAUUUGUUUGGAACCAGAGGCAGCAUCCUUAUACUGUCAACAUUUACCAAUAGAAAAACUAAAGGAUAAAGAUGGUAUAGGCAGUGAAUUUACGGCAUCCGGAAAAGGGUCCAAAUACAUGGUUAUAGACUUGGGAGGUGGAACAGCUGAUAUAACAUGCCAUCAGAAAGACGCCGAGGGUAGCCUUCGAGAACUACAGAAACCAAGUGGGGGUUCAUGGGGUGGUACGCGUGUAGAUGAAGCUUUCAAUCAGCUUCUUAUUAAAAUUGUUGGUGCACAUCAUUUUAGAACUUUUCAAGAGAAAAAUAAAGCUGAUGCAUUAGAUAUCUUAAGAGAAAUGGAAACAAAGAAGAGGAACAUUAAAAACGACACCGAAGGAAAGGUCACGUUAAAAGUUCCCGUUUCACUAAUUCAGUCAUUUGAAAAAGAAACGGGAGAGGAAAUCAAAGACGUAAUAAAACAGAUGGCAUAUGCAGGCAAAAUGACAUGGGUUGGAGAUAAGUUAAGAAUGGAGGCAAAUCUUUUCCGAGCAUUGUUUAAUGAACCGAAGACUCAAUUGGUAAACCACGUGAAGUCUUUAUUGGCUAAAAGCUCAUUAAAAGAUGCAGGCACGCUAUUAAUGGUCGGGGGUUUUUCCGAGUCUCCCAUAAUGCAGUCGGCAAUUAAAGAUGCGUUUCCAGACAAGAAAGUCGUCGUUCCAGAUGAAGCUGGUUUAGCCGUUUUGAAAGGUGCCGUUAUGUAUGGGCACCAACCUCAAACAAUUUCCGUCAGAAUAUCGAGAUAUACGUAUGGAAUUAACAUUUCUCCGCCAUUUAAAUCCGGUGAACAUUCCCCAGAAAGACGUGUUAGCAUUGAAGGUACAGACAGAGUUAAAGACGUUUUCAAGAAGUACAUAGAAGCCGACCAAACACUGAAAGUUGGCGAAGCUGUCAGUGGCCGUCACGUCACAAUAAAGAAACGCCAAAAAGAAAUGCUUUUAAAAAUCUUUGCGACUGAAGACAGUAAUCCUCGUUAUGUCACAGAUAAAGGUUGCGAGUAUUUGGGAAAGGUUGUCAUCCAACUGCCGGAAGUCGACGAAAAGCUGAAAGUUGAUGUGAAAAUGAUUUUUGGAGAAACUGAACUUAUGGUUGAAGCAAAGGAAUCGACCACUGGUUCUACGUACAAAUCAUUCUUUGACUUUUUAUAGACGAGUUGAGCUUUUAUAUUCGUUUAACAAUUGUUUACAGUGUGAUGUUGAGAAAGAUAGCGGACGUUGAACGCAAUGAUAGUAGACAUACAUUUGAAUUAUCACUUUGACAUUAAAAUAUUAAAAUUAG